AUGCCGACAAGUGCAGGAUUUCCUUGGGAAUUGUUAAAGGCGGAAUGUCUCCGUCUAAUUUGCAUGCAAAUUGUGCAAGGCUCGAAGGAAGGCGGGGCAUAUCAGGGAGUAAUGCGCAAAGAAAGUAUGAUAGAAUUCCUGCGCGAUGUAGAUAAGCGAGGACUCGAACCUGCGCUGAAAACACUGGGAAAAACGCAAGCUCUUAGGAAGCCCCUUGAAUCCUCCUCUCCAGAAGAAACAAGUAGCCCAAAGCGCAAAAGCUCGCGCCUCGAAGAAGCAGAUGGCGAAGGGGACACAAGUCUUGCCCACAAUACCCGCUUCAAGGGCACGAAACGCGUCAAACUCACCAAAGAGGACCCUGACCCGACACCGAUCACACAAACCAAAUCACCGCGCAAGAAGAGCAAACCUAGGAAGAGCACAGACACCGCAGCAGAUGGAACAAAACGCUCAAGAGGCCGACCGAGGAAAAGUGUCGACGCUGUUGGAUCUACUUCUCCAAAGAAAAGCAAAGCUACCCCCAAGAAAAAAGCGCCUCUAUCAGAAUCUGCUGCUGACGAGGCAGGUUCUUCAAACAAACGUGGGCCAGGUAGGCCUCGAAAGAGUGCCAAGGGUGCUCCUGCUCCUCAAAGCAAGGCCAAAUCAAUAUUCGAUGGCGUUUUGUUAGAGCCACGCAGAACUUCAGCAGGGGUUCCAGCAGUGCAGUCUGAAGAACCUAAACAAACACUGGAAACCGAAAAUGCCGUCCAAGAAGAUGUUGUUCUGGCUACAUUUAUCAAUCAUGUGGAGAAUAACGAUGCCUCCAGUUUGGGAGGCUCUAACAAAGAAAACGACCCUAAUGAUUAUGUCGCACCUGAUGUCCAUGACGAUGACGCUGACGCCGACGGGGAACCGGAUCCCCAAAUCAUUGGAGAAGUUCCAGCCACAACCUGA